AAAAUCUAAAAUCUAUUUCAGAUAUUCAAAGAUCAAUUGAAGUUCAAAAACAUUUAUAAUUGUAUAACCAGCUGACGCGCAAUAUGAGAAAAGAAAACCUACUCCUCGGCCUUGUCGUCUUCAUUACUGUCGGCCAGGCGUACUCUCUACCCCAAGGUUCUGGAUUAGUUCGGGGAAAUGAAGAUGUGGAUUUCUACAAAAGAGAUACAAGGUCACCACUCUACGCUCUUCCACUCUUCUGGCAGACUUACAAUCACCAACCAAGCAAAGUCAAAUUUUCUCGGGUUCGGCGAAUUCCUUAUCAUUACCCUGGGUUUUGGUAUAACUUUCUUCCUAAAAUGGGGGGAACAGAUUACAGAAAGCUAAGAUCUGUGUCCUGGCAAAAAAAGAGAGGAAAUGAAGCUGAAGCUAUGGAUCUCACUCCAGUCAUCAACACCUAUCAGAAUGGUGAACCAUGGACUGACAUCGAAGAUGAAAACAAGCCGAAUGAUUACGAAUACAGGAA